AGGGACAGGGGUAUCGUCUUAGCGCGGAGCUUCCGUCUUGCUUCCGAAAGAUGACCUGAGGUGCUUUAUUCCACCCGUGGACCUCUAUCUCCCUCCGUCCGUCGCACCGCAUAAAGCACUCUGGUGAACACAGCAGCCUUACCGUGUCUCAAUUGCCUUCCUCCACUAUUUCCAGACUCACGGCCGCGGGGAAAAGCUCCGCCAUGAAAGCCCUCAGGUGGUCCUUCCGAACUUGUCCCGCCUGUAAGACCCGACCGCCCCAAUACCAGCAAACAGCCAUUCAGACACGGUGCUCUACCCGCCGCGCGUACACCAGACCCGCGUUCGCACCCAAGCCUGCGAUCGAUAUCAAACACAUCCGGCAGAACCCCGGGCUCUACGAACAGAAUUGCGUCGACCGCAACUACUCGGCACAUAGAAAGGCGCCAUGGCGAAUCAUCGAGCUCCACGAACAAUGGCUUGCGCUUCAACACAGCGCCCGCCAUCUGAGAGAACGGAGCAAUCAGCUACGUGGAAGUCUUGCCAAAGCUGGAUCAGGGAAAUGGGAGGCUGGUGAGGAGCGCGGAGAGCAUUGCAAAGAAGCGGUUCUCGACGAAGCGAGGGCUUUGAAGGCGGAGCUUGGUAUCAUAGAAGAAAAGGAGACACGAUUGCAGGAAGAGAUAGACAAUCUGGCAGAGGCCCUACCGAACCUAAGCAGCACGCAUACACCCGUCGGCACGGAGCCCGAAGUCAUCGGAUACAUCAAUGACCACCCCGAGCCAGAACCUUCCCUAUCCGACCGAGUCUGGAGAUCGCACGUACACAUCGGCUCGGAGCUUGGGCUGCUGGAUUUCGCAGGGGCUGGACAGACAUCGGGCUGGGGAUGGUACUUUCUCUUGAACGAGGCAGCGAUGCUGGAGCAAGCUCUGAUCCAGUAUGCCCUUAGCGUGGCCAGAAAGCGAGGGUGGAGGGUAGUCUCUCCGCCUUCAAUGGUGUAUUCGCACAUUUCUUCGGCAUGCGGAUUCCAGCCGAGAGACCAAAACGGAGAGCAGCAAGUGUACACUAUCGAGCAAGCGGACAAGGACAAGGCGAAACCGCAAUUAGCGCUCGCGGGGACGGCAGAGAUUCCUCUUGCGGGCAUGAAAGCGAACCAGACGUUUGAGGAUGUAGAAUUACCGCUCAAGACGGUGGGAGUGUCCAGAUGUUAUCGCGCGGAGGCCGGUGCGCGAGGGGUUGAUACGAAGGGCCUGUACCGCGUACACGAGUUCACCAAGGUGGAGAUGUUCGCCUGGACGCUACCGGAUAACAACGAGCAGAAUCAUUUUACGACGCCGGCUAGCUCGAGCUCAGAGGCUAUCUUCGACGAGAUGCUGUCCAUUCAGAAGGAGAUAUUGGGAUCUCUCGGCCUCCACUGCCGCGUGCUGGAGAUGCCAACGACGGAUCUCGGAGCGAGCGCAACGCGGAAACGAGACGUUGAGGCAUUCUUUCCAUCUCGACGAGAGAAGCACGAGGGAUGGGGCGAGGUCACGUCGACGUCGCUUUGCACGGAUUACCAAAGCCGGCGUCUGCACACUAGGGUGCGUCUCGAGAAGGCGGGAGGGAAGCUAGAUUUCCCGUAUACCUUGAACGGCACGGCUCUUGCUGUUCCGAGAGUACUGGCGGCGAUGCUGGAGAAUCAGUGGAACGAAAAAGACUACACUGUGACAAUACCAGAGGUGUUGCGGCCGUUUAUGGACGGGUUGGAGAAAAUCCAGCGGCACAAGGUGCAUGGCCUGACUCAAAGCUACUAGGGGCGCGCUUGUGCACACAGCAUUUUGGGCUCUCUUUGUUUAUGAGAAGGAGCAGCUGUAUUUAAUGUUCUCUUCGCCAAUUAGUUGUAUAUACCUGAGCUUCGUCGAGCC